AUGAAAAGCGGCUUUGCAUCAACAUUGGAAGUUCUGCAAUUACUCAAUUCAACCUCAAUCCACAUUCUGCCUUCGAUGAAUCCUGAUGGCUUCGAACGUGCAUUGAAUACGGAGCCUUCAGAGCGUGCUUGGCUAACGGGAAGAACUAAUGCCAACGGAGUCGAUCUUAACAGGGACUUCCCAGACUUGGACAGUGUUUUCUACGAAUUAGAAAAAUUGAAAGUGCCAAAAUACGAUCAUCUGAUGGAACUGUUUGCUGAUGACAAGGAGCGCCAACCCGAAACGGUAGCUGUCGGUCGCUGGACUUUGUCGUUGCCGUUUGUGCUGUCAGCAAAUCUUCAUGAAGGCGAUCUUGUCGCCAACUAUCCGUUUGACGCCACCACCAAAGAAGGCGUCAGCGAAUAUUCGGCAUCGCCAGACGAUGGUACAUUCAGGUUGGUCGAUUCUGAUGUUCUUUUUCUACUGCCUUACGUCUUCCUUUGGGGGCAAUAA